AUGAGAUAUAUCCAUGCGAAAUCCGAAGCGAAAAUUUUCUGGAAAAAGGAAAAAAAAAAGAAAACAAAAAAUAUCAACUCCUUUAAUAUCAUUAAUCCAUUUGAAUCAGGUCAAUCGUAUAUGCUAUUACGCAGAAUGAACGGAGUAUUUGCAGUUUAUAAACCAUCGGGUAUAACAUCCGCCAAAUUUAUUGAUAAAAUUCAAGACAAAUUCACCAAGUCUGGUGUUUUUGCCAAAGAUUUACAAGAAAUGAAAGAGAAAAUUAGAAAAGAUUUAGGUACAAAUAAAAAAUGGAAUCAAAAGAGAAUUGAUAAAAAGGUAUCAUCAGCUAAGAUUAAAAUUGGUCAUGGAGGUACUUUAGAUCCUUUAGCUAGUGGGGUAUUAGUUGUUGGUAUUGGAUUAGGUACAAAAAAAUUACAAUAUUACCUUGCUGAAUGUCAAAAAACAUAUGAAACUAAAGCAUUAUUGGGGAUUUCUACAACUACUGGUGAUUCAGAAGGGGAAAUUAUAACUCAAAAUAAAAUUGAUCAUAUUACUAAAGAAUUAAUUGAUGAAACUGUACAAAAAUUCAUUGGGAAUAUAAAACAAACUCCACCUAUUUUUUCUGCUUUGAAAGUUAAUGGGAAACCAUUAUAUGAAUACGCAAGAGAAGGAUUACCAUUACCUACAAGUAUUAAAGUCAGAGAUGUUACUGUUAAUGAUAUUAAAGUUAUUGAAGAAGAUUCAUUGAAAACCGAUCAUGAAUUUGUUAAAUUACAAAGUGAAUUGGAUGAAAAUGGUGUACCAAAAGAACAUGGAUUAAUGAAUAACCCAACUUUGAAUGAUUCUCCAUUGUAUUUUUCUAGUCAAUAUCUAGAAAGAGCAGAAAAGGAAAACUUACCAAAAGAAGUAGGUAAAGCUAGAUUAUUACCGGAUGGUGAAUCAUUACCGGAAAAAUUGCCAAUGAUUCAUUUCGUAAGUGAUGUUUCUUCCGGUACUUAUAUUAGAAGUUUGAUUAGUGAUAUUGGAAGAGCCAUGGAAUCCAGUGCAUAUAUGGUUGAGUUGAUUAGAGUUAAACAAUCUGAAUGGAAAUUAGAUCAAAAUGUAUUUAAGAUUGAAGAUUUUGAUAGAGAUGAAAAAGUAUGGGGUCCAGUUUUAAAGAAAGUUUUUGAUGAAGGAGGUGAUAAAAUUAUAGACCUACAAAAAGAGUUUGAAGAAAUGACCAAACAAGUAGAACAAGAAGAGAAAGAACAAGGCGAAGUAGGUGAACAAGAUGGUGAUAAAGAUCAAUCCAUCCCACAAAAGAGACCAAUCGAUGAUGUUGAGCAAUGA